CUCUCAAUUUUUAUAGCCACUGUUUAAAAUAAUAAUUGAAAAUUAUCUUAUAUUUAUCCUAUAUUUAGAUAUGGAGGAUAUUUAAAUAUGGAUACUUACUUUUUAUAGCCACUAUCUAUAUAAUACUCUUCUCGUCCCCGCUAUCUUGAGGCUUUUUUUAGACACGAGAAUCAAGAAAGUAGUGUUUUGUAUGUAGGUGAAAAAAUAAAAAUGUAAAUAUAGGAUAAAAUUUUUGCCAAAUAAAAAAAUGUCUCAAAAUAGAUGGGAUGCCAAAAAAAAAUGUCUCAAAAUAGGUGGAACAAUAAUUAGAAAUUUACCUUAUAUUUUAUUUUAGAUUUAAAUAAGGAGGUUACAAAGAAGCAAUAAAUAGAAUCACCCAUUCACAUAAAUAUUCUUUCCUACCAACUUUUCCAAACUAGAGUAAUUUCUAUCCAAUUGAACACAAAGUUAGCCAUCAAAAUCUUUCAUUUAUCCAAAAUUCUCAAACAAUUGAUUUCAUUCUCAAAUGCAACAUUAUUCAAGAAAUAAUAAUAAUAAUUAAAAUAAAAAAGUCAACCCACGGCUCUUGAUUCAAAAACAGCUUCAUCUCAACCCUUUAUAUCAGUAGGAUCAACGGUCCAGAUCAAUUGAAGCAUAAUUCUUCAUGCACAUCUCUCUCUUCAACAUGCCCGCAGCAGAGAUUCUAACUGCCGUCGUUGUCGAAAAGACUACCCGUAAUGGAAAAUCUUCUCUCACACGCAUAUUGUACGUAUAUAGGAGUAAUAUAGAGACAUGCAUAAGUAGAGAAUACGCAGCCACCCGCCAAAAUGCGCCAAAAAUAAAUUUUCAUGAUCAAAAUGAGCCAAGGGGAAAAGGGGGAAUCGGGGAAUCGGAGAAUUAAAGAAGAGGAAUUGAAGGAUUUGUUUGUGGGAAUUAUGGAGGGAUACAACGAUUCUGCAAUCCUGCCAUUAUCGUACUUCUCCGCUCCACAAAUCCCUAAUAAUGAAGAAAACAGCCAGAAUUCGAGAAAGAUGCAGAAAACUGAAUCCGAAAGAAAGCAGAGUGAGCGCAGGAGAAGGGAUCAAAUGAGUGAGAAAUUUUCUCUUCUUCAAUCAAUGGUGCCUUCCCUUCUCACGGCGCAUAAGCCCAGCAAAGAAAGGAUAGUAGACGAUACACUGAACUACAUCAAAUACCUUCAAGAAGAGGCGGAGAGGUUGGAAGGUCUGAAGAAAUUGCAGAGCAAACUGCAGAAGGUGGAGAGGCCUACUCUCUCAAAAUGCACAAAUCGCAACUCUGUCAACGUUGCCAUCUCCGAUUCUGCAGCGUUCCUCGCCAUUCAGCUGCCCUCUAGGCGUGGCUCAGUGCUCGGCAUACUGAGGGUUCUAGAGAGGCACCAGGCUGAAGUUAUGGAGGCAAGGAUCGAUGUUAGUGACGAGAAGGUGAUGACAUUCACAGCCACAGUGAGGCUUGGAGGUGAUGGAGGCAGCUCCAUUGAUAUGAUAAGGCAAGAUAUACUAACUUCACUAGAUUUAUCCUACUGAUUUAUUGAUGUUGGAUUUAUUUAGAAAAUUUUGGUUGCUAAUUGAUAUGUGAUGCAUUUUUUGGGGAGGGGUUAUAGAUUAUAUAUUGAGUUUUCUUGAUUGGGAUUGAGUUUCAUAUGUGAAGAUAUGACUGGAUUGCUCUAUUUCUAUCCACAUUAAUUGUAGCUUGUGUA